AUGCAGUUCAAGACUUUGACAUUCCUUUUCGCGGCUCAAACUGCUAUUGCCAGCCAAGUAAAAUGGGCAGGAAAGAUGGCUAACAUGAGUAGUGUUAACUUAUUUGGUCUCGCCAACGAUGUCAACAUCCUCGGGUCAGCUUACAACACUUUCCUCGACCUGUCCUGCAAACCAAGUUAUCACAGCUAUCCAUACAUCAACACCGUUGAAGACUACAAGUCAUGGCACGAUAAAGGCUUCAACCUUUUUCGAAUUGCUAUGGCUUGGCAGCAUGUCCAGACCUCGCUCGGCGGCAGCCUGAAUGAGACCAACAUGGAGGCAGUCGACAAGUUAGUCAAGGCUAUUACUGAUGAUGGUGGACAGGCCAUCAUGGAUAUUCACAACUAUGCACGGUGGUACUGCGCCGUGAUUGACCAACCUGAAUUGUCAUUCCUCAAUCCCAAUAUAACCGUCACCAGUGAUCACUUUGCCGAUCUCUGGACAAGACUCGCCGAGAGAUACAAAUCAAACCCCAAAGUCAUAUUCCAACUCAUGAACGAGCCUCAUGAUCUUGACAUCACCAAAUGGGGCGCGACAAACCAGGCUGCAAUUCUCGCUAUCCGAAACGUCACCGACAAGCAGAAAAUUCUUGUCUCAGGAACACAAUUCGCUCGCCUUGUUGACUGGGAAGCUUUUUCUCAACCAGGUAUCGGUCCCGGUCUCAUUCAAGACCCCGCCAACAACACUCUAUACGACUUCCAUCAGUACUUUGACGAUAUCGCCGGCGCAUAUGGUCUCUGCGAGCCUUGGAGUGGCUUUGUCAAGAAAUUUGAGGCAGUGACUCGCAUCUUGCGCCGUAAUGGCUUUCAAGGAAUGGUUACAGAGUUUGGAGGUGGACCUUUCCCUCAAUGUGUUGACACGAUUCAGUCUAUGCUGGCGUUUCUCGAUCGCAACAGUGAUGUCUGGUAUGGAUGGACUGCUUGGGGUAGUUUCAAUAAGGGCUCGGACUUGUACCUGAGUUUGGACAAGAACUCGACUUACAAUCUUAUCACGAGGACACUAGAGAAGUUCGUUCCGAAGUAG